AUGGAAGUAUGUUAUUCAAAGGAGGAUAGAUUUGAAAGGGAAUUGGGUAAGGAUACCCUAAAAUGUAAUAAGGUUGUGGAGCUUAUAGAAGAUGCUGGUUUGAUGAAGUCUGUCACAAAAUUUGGUCCUUGUUAUGAAAGUCUAGUCAAAGAGUUUGUGGUGACAAUUCCUGAUGGGUGUGAUGAUGAGAAGAGUGCAGACUAUAGGAAGGUGUAUGUUAGAGGAAAUGUUGUGACAAUUUCUCCUGCUGUGAUCAACAAAUUUCUAGGAAGAGCUGAAGAACCUCAGGCUGAGCGAGAGGUUACAGAUGACCAAGUGUGCCAGGAAAUAACUGCUAAGCAAGUGAAACACUGGCAAAAUAGAGGAAAGUUAUCAACUAGGAAGCUGAGUGUCAAGUAUGCAAUCCUUCAUAGGAUUGGGACUGUCAAUUGGGUGCCUACAAAUCAAACUUCAACCAUAUCUACUGGGUUUAGGAAGUUUAUAUAUGCUAUUGGAACAAGAAGAGCUUUUGAUUUUGGGAAGUACAUUUUUGAACAAGUUCUAAAGCAAACCUUCUCAACUACUAUGAAGAUGCCUAUUUGCUUUCCCUCACUUAUAUGUGGGAUAAUUCUGAACCAACAUCCUGGAAUAUUAUUGCCUAUUGAUAGUGUGAAGAAAAGGGAAUCUCCUUUAUCUCUCCAAUACAAACUGUUUCCUAGAACACAUGUCCUAUAUAUUGUUAUGACAUCUUCUCAAGUUCCUGGCCCCGUCACUUCCAAGAAGAGUGUUAUUGCACAACUGAAGGAGAAAUUUAAAGAAUUUGAUGAUUCCAUCCGUUCUAGCAUUGCUACAAAGAAAAAGCUUGAAAGAUUGAUCAAGGCUUUGAUAGAUGAAGAGGAAAAGGUAGCUGAACAUGGUGAUGAUAACAAUGUGGGAGCUGAUGUGGAGGACAAUGUUGGUGGCAUUGAUGCCGAGAAUGAUGAAGAUAAAGAAGAUGAAGGAGAGGAGUGUGCUACUACAAACUCAAAUAGGCAAGAAGAUAUCUGA